AAAUGAGGAAGACCUUACCUGCAAGCAAGAUAAUGGACCUCAACCCCCGAGAGCAAUACAAUGGUUUCACAAAGAUUGGUAGCGGGUAAGAAAAUCGUCAUCUUAUUGAUACUCGUUGUGUGCGAAACUUACACCGUCUUUAUAGUGCAAACGGUGCUGUAGUACGAGCCUCAAAGCGUUCCAACCCAAAGUCUCGGGUUGCUAUCAAGCGAUGUUUCAUCGACGAUACCGAUGCUCCUCAUUUGGCUUACAUUCUACGUGAAAUCCGCAUUAUGGGAUGUAUAUCACAUGUUAAUCUGGUUGGCCUGAAAGAAGCCACUCUCUGGGGCGACUAUGUCUGGCUAGCCAUGGACUUGAUGAGUUGCUCUGUCUUUGGACUAUUGUGCAAUAUCUCUACUGGUUUACCAGAGCCUUUGGCUGUUUGUGUACUUCGAGAGUGCUUACAAGGAUUGAUUCAUUUGCACAACAAAGGCUACAUGCAUCGUGAUGUCAAAUGCGAAAAUCUUUUGCUAAGUAGCUCUGGAGAAGUCAAGCUUGGUGAUUUUGGUCUAGCUACGCCAAUAUCCCGCAAUAAUACCGCCAGAUUAGGUACUGCCAAAUGGAUGUCGCCCGAAGUCAUUCGCGAGAUUUCAUACGAUGAAAAGGUCGAUGUCUGGUCCACAGCUAUCACGUUGAUUGAGAUCAUGGAUCGAGUUCCACCAUUGUAUUAUAUGGAAAAUACCGAUGAUAUCUUUGCUGAAAUCCUUUGGGGCCCUCCACCCCACUUUACAUUUGCUUCACCAUCCAAUACCAUCCGAGAAAUCGCCACCUGGAUGUUGAAUCAGGAUUCCCGACGACGUCCAGGAGCCAAGGAUGUCCUCCAACAUCUUGACCGCCAGAUUCAAGAUGGAUAUCUCCAAUGCGCAAGUCAAUCAGACUUGGCAUUGUUUGUACAGCAUGUUUUUGACAAAGCAACUGAUUAAACCUCAUCCAUCGGUUGGUUUUGCACAUACAUCUUGAUUUUAAA